GGCAGCACAGUGAAAACGGUGGUAAUUGUUAUUGUUAGCAUAGUUAUUCAGUUAAUGCAAGUCAAUGGUGCAGGUGUGCAUCAAAGAAAACACGUUUGAAUUUUAAACGCAGUGCUGUUCAAGCUGCAAACAGCAUAACGACACUUGCAACAGAGCGGAAAUAUGAACGAUGCAGAGACCCCCACCACGACUCGGAAGCAUGGGACUGGAAGUUCACGCGAGCUUCAGGCUCCUAAGAACGAAGAGUCUUAUGAGAUCUCCAUUCCGUUUGAGGAGAACAACUUUGAGCCAUCUGCCGGAUUUUACAACCAGAAUGAACAGAACUUUGAAGGUGCUGAAGCCCCAGCCCCGGGCAGCUCCUACCUGCUGAUCACAAACCUGCGCACACAGCUGCAGAUCUCCCUGGAGAAAAACUCAUGGUUGCAGAAGCGCAUCGAGGACCUGGAGGAGGAGAGGGACUUCCUGCGGUGCCAGCUGGACCGCUUCAUCUCCUGCACCAAGAGCCAGGAGAGCAAUGGAAACGACUGCAGAAGCUUCUCCUGGAAGCGACGGCGAGAGAGUGAGCGAGACCAACAGUCUGAUGGCCAAAGACCUGCCACCCGCCAAUCAUUCCAACAGAGGCCCGCCUCCCAGCCUUCAGCCAACUCCAAAGCUAUGGGCUCUGGACCAGCCAAUAAUCAGAUGGGCUCCAUCUUUGGGUCCUCCCACUCUCAGUCCCUCAGCAGCAGCUGCGUUAACAACAGAUCAAUGAAUGACCUGUCAGAGUCUCUCUCACUCAUUGGAGAUGAGGAAGCAGAGUUUCUGGAGGACAACUAUCUGGAGGAAGAGGAAAUGAUGUCAGGACAGGAUAUGAUGUCUGAGACCAUGACUUUGCGCAACAUGGGGGCAGGUGGACAGAACAACAGUGGCAUGAAGAGGAGACGGGUGUUCCGCAUUUCUCGGGGAAGGGAGCGACAGAGAGUCAAAGAUCCUACGGGGGUGCUGUUCCGCUACAAGAAGAUCCUGGUGACCUAUCAGCGCCUGAAGAACAUGUCCAAGGCCUUUCAGAUCCACGGCGUGGACCGCAACACGGUGGCGUCCACCACGCCUAUUGCGGAGCUGCUGCUGGUCGCCCCGGAGAAGGUGGCGGAGGUCGGGGAGUUCGACCCGUCCAAGGAGAAGCUGCUGGACUACGCCCGCCGCUGCUUCAUCGCCCUGGACCCACAGACCCUCAGCAAAGUGCAGGCCCUGAAGAAGAACAACUUGCUGCUGCCCAUCUCGUACAGGUUGAAAAGCACAGACCCCCCACGGUAGUGGUCUCCUGUGGGUCCCGUCCUUCCUAAUGCAUCACACUGUAUUCUAAUGUCCCUCCAUGGACCUCUCCUCCUCUCAUCCUCCGUACCAUACUGAUACAACCCACAGCCGUGGAGGUACUGAGCAUCAAUACUGGAGUCGGUUGACGUACCAGCCCCCCAGCCCUGCGUACUGUGAUGUACUCUCCUACUGGUCUGUGUGUGUAUGUAUGUAUGUAUGUGUGUAUCCUCAGCUGAAGCUCUCCUUUCCAUAGCUUUUACCAGGGGCUUGUGUUUUGCAGUUACGGUCCCUUAAAACACUGGUUUCCCGCCGCGGCCCCUGUCAUGGUGAAUUUAGUAGAUGUAGGCAUUUGGGAGAGCUUCACAGAUCUGUUGCAUCAUUGACUGAUAGAAUGCCUAGUUUUAUUGUAACUCUGUUUGAGAUGGUAACAAGCUUAAUGUCGAAUGUAAUGUCACACGCAGUCUCAAGUGAAAUUUUUAUUGGCUGUUUUUUUUUUUUUUCUUUGUUUUUAUUCAGUUUUAGGGACCUAUGUUUAUUGAAACGUUUUCAGUGGACUACGUCGUUGGAGUGUAGAUUUUGAAAAGUACCUUUACUGAUUAUGUACAUGCAGCCAUUAGAUGGCCACAAACACACUCCUCUGACCCAACCUUAUAUAUCGGCCAUUUUUGAAAUACCUCAGUGUUUUAGGCUAUUUUUAAGUUGAAUUUUUAUUUUUGUACUGGGACCUCAAUACAGGUAAUGUUGGUGACGGGAUACAGUUUUUACAAUCUUCCUCUCACACACACAGGGAAGCAUUACAACCUCAAACCUUUGUAAUAUGCCAUGCUAGGAGCACCAGUUGAUUGAGCUGCAGUGUGCUUGUCGUAGUAUGUCAUGAGCUAACAGAGACGGGUGCUGACUGAGUGCAAUGCUCAUAUUUAGAGACCUCAGAUCUGAAUGUGCGCAGCUAACUUCGUAGCUCGGGACGGUGGCAUUAACGGUUAGUGAGACACACUCAGGUUCACGCUCUGUUUUUGUAAGCAUGUUUCUCCUCCGUCAUCAUCAAGUCGCCCAGUAGACCUUCGCUAUUAGUAUGUCAUUGAAUAUUAGCCAGCAGUGGUACUGCCCUCUGUUUUACCAGUGUGUGUGUGUGUUUGUGUGUGUGUGUGUGUGCGCAGGUGUAUUUGUGAAUGUGUGAACGCAGGCAAUCUCAACUGGUUCUGAAUUAGCUGGACAUGGUUUUUAGUUUUGCAGACUAUCUUUUGUACAUUUUUCUUUUGAGAAAGAGAGUAGAGGGACGCUUUCUAGGGAGACAAAAUGGACAGCAACACUUAAAGGGCCCAGUAUACGCAAGGCAUGUGUUGGUGUGAUGUGAAAAUGACGUUGAUCCCACUUCCGAGUAACAGGACACCACGAAGGUUGUUAUCUCACUUAUCAUCCUGUUGCCACUAUGUCAGUAGUCAUGCCUUCAGUUUAUAGCACGCAAAGGAAACAAGCAAUUUGGUUUAAAAAGAGUAACAACUUUCUUUGGCCCUUACAGUGAUCAUGUUGGACCAACCAUUGGCCUUCUGUGGUUGUUCUAGAUACCAUUUAUAAGCAUUGAUAUGGAAAAAACUUUUUUUUAGCAGAUCUACUUCAUAGGUGUCCCGUUAUUUAGAAUAACAGGACACAAAGCAAUCAGAAGAGUAUUUCUUUUCUCUGGGUGAUAAAUAAAUGUAACAGUCUAAUUAACUCAUGCAACGCGGAAAAAAGUAGUGCAUUUAGAUUUUUUUAAGUUAAUUUUAAUUUGAAUGGAGAUCAGGGGGUAAGUGGUUUGUGGUUAACCUGACUUUCGCCAGAUCCUGUAGUUCGCUGUCUGCUUCACACAAGGAUCUGGGACUUCUCGAUAGGAGAUGUAUUUCUGAAGGCGGGUCCUUGUAAAACAUCCUCGCAUGUGAUUUGAUAAACCACUUGCCUGUUAUCUUGAAUGACGUGCUAGGCUUCUUCAAGCUCUUGCCAAACCCGGUCGGAAGAAGAGUAAAAACAUCCUUGCCACCAAUAAAUGUCUUCAAAACUAUUCUCUGUUAAUCUUUUAAAGAAUGAAUACUCGAUAGAUUCGACAAAACGGUUUAAAUAGCAGAAUCAAUGUCAGCACAAGACUCCUCGCUGCGUGCCGCCAUUGUUAUUUGAAUCAAACACUCGCUUCGGCGCUCCUGAUUGGUUGCUCAUUUUUUGAUCACUGGCAGGGGUUUGGAUUGCCCUCGCGUCCAGACCCUUGUGCGGAGCUCAGCCUCUGGUGGAGCAUGGCGGAACUACAAGGGUCUGGCGAGAGUCAGGCUAGUUUGUGGUAGAAUUGGAGCUGAUUUGUAAACUGGAAUCAUGAAGUUUGAAUAGUCUGUUGGAGUAGUUAAUGAAGUUACCAGCAAGUAUAGCAGCACAGCAGAAUUGGGAGAAAUUAACUAGGAACUAGGGACAUAGCAAUAAUCCAGCAAGAGGUAUUGAAAAGAUUCAUUUUAAACCAGUUGCUGUACUGCUUAGACGGCUCCAGUCCUGGAAAAAAAACCCCACAAAGUUCCUCGAUACAGUCAGCUGGUCCUCUCUUUUUUUCUUCUUCUCCUUUAUUGGUGUAGUCGUUACCGAUAGCCUUUCCAUUGAAAGGACACCUCUCAGGAGAAGACUACUUGUGAAUAUUGGUCUGAUGCCCCAGUGACACCACAAUUUGCACACACCGAGACCACUGCUUUGGGUAUACUGAGCCCCUAAAUCUGGUAGAUUACUAUGGACUAGUUCAACUGUUGCUUGGUUAGUUAAGUGACUGACUGUCUAAAAGUUAGUUUGGUUUUAUCACUGACGUCAGUUCAAUGUCUGCCAUCAUUGAUUACGGGUCGGGGACUCCAGUCUUCCUCAGGAACCAGUCAAUUCCAGAAAUAAUCCAGGCUGAAGCGGAGACACUAGUGUUUCAUUUUCUUUGAUUUUCCCUCUGCUUGUAACUACAGUCUUUUCUGCAGAAUCUAGUCCCCCCCCCUCCAUUCAACUAUUGCAAUUGUAAUUGUAAUUGCAGAGUGUCUUCUUAAGAAUAAGAUGGUUGUCAGAUGGAAGGACCUUUUUAAUACCUUGUCAAUUUUAAUGAUUGUUGUGACACUAAAGCAUUUGGUUUCCUCAAGAAUCUGCCGCAGUCUGAAAAAAAAAAGACCUCUUCAUCUGGCCUUACUAUCUUGUCCUUGUUUUGACGAUGAGUUGUCCGUGUACUCACUUGUGUGGUGACCGCUCUAGUGGCUGGCCUCACCUGUCAGGAAUGUAUGUAUUGAUUGAAACAUUCGAUCCAUGUUGUGAAUUUAUUGACCUUGUGUGAUGACGACUAUCUCAGUGUUCUACUGAAUUUGCAUUGAAAUUUCCCAUUAACCACGUGCACAAGGCCAGCUCUCAGUGGCUUUCAGGAGCUUGUUGUAAAUAAAAAAAAUAUUAGAAUGCAAA